AUGCAGUUGCUUUCUUGGUCAGCUUUCGGUCAGUCAGGGUUUGAGUUGUUGAGAAGUGCCGUGAUAUCCCGAGUGGGAUUGAUGAGGGCAGAGAUUCGGGCCUACACGUAUUUGUAUGGAGUGCAGUACGGAGUACAUGGAUUGGAGUGCCGACAUGGAAGAAAGAUGGGGGGUUUCCAGCAUGGGAGAAGCCGAAGCCGGGCGACAAGCGUGGCGCAUUUACGUAUUCAGCACAGGACGAUACGCACGGUACGACAGUGUUACGAUGCGGCGCUUUUAGCACUGCACAUAUUGCAGGGAAAAAGCCAUGUGGCACAAGACAUUUUUCAGUGUGAUGGGAGGUAG